AUGGCCGCCAAGACCGAGGCCAACUGCAUCUUCUGCAAGAUCAUCGCCGGCCAGAUCCCAUCGCUCAAGCUUUACGACUCGGAGAAGACCUAUGCUUUCCUUGACAUCGGACCGAUCUCGGAAGGUCACGCUCUUGUCAUCCCUAAGUACCACGGAGCUAAGCUUCACGAGAUUCCGGAUGAGCACUUAACCGAGCUGCUUCCUGUUGCCAAGAAGAUCGCCAUCGCUACCGGCGCCGAGCAGUACAACGUCUUGCAGAACAACGGUCGUAUGGCACACCAGAUGGUUGAUCACGUUCACUUGCAUGUCAUUCCUAAGCCAGACGAGAAGCAAGGUCUCGGUGUCGGCUGGCCUGCCACUCAGCCUGCCAAGGAGGAUCUUGCCAAGAUUCAUGAGAACACCUUGGCCCGCCUCGAGAAGCUCUAA